AGUCUGCCAUCUGGAGAAGAGGGAUUGCUGUCACAAAACCUGGCAACCGCAUAGCUCAUUCAGACCACAACUAAUACAACCAAGAGGAGCACCUUCACCAGUUAGCGAACGCUAAGCUAACCAACUUGCCUCACUCCUUCGACUUUGAUGAGCUAACCGUAGCUGGGUUAACGUUACCGAUAACUGAGCUGGGCAGACUCCGAUAGACCGUAAAACAGCAGGGAGGACGCAUCCUUUUAAGGCUGCUGGAGGGAGCUGUGGCAGUCUUCAGUUACCCCUUCGAUCUCCCCUUUCAUUCAAGAAUGACCUGACCAAUGGAUCACAGUCUCUGCUCGAUUAGAGGGUCUCUCGUGGAUGUAGAUCAUGAAUGACAAACUCGUCUUCCUGGGCCUGCUGUACUUUGUCCAGGGCAUCCCCUACGGUCUCCAGUCGUCCCUGCUACCUAUCUACCUGCGUGGAGCUGGUCAUUCCCUUACGCGCAUUGGCUUCACCAAGAUCCUCUACUUUCCAUGGGUCCUCAAGGUGUUCUGGGCCCCCUUCGUGGACCGGUUUGGCACGAAGCGCCGCUGGCUGGUGGGCACGGUGUCUGGGUUGGCCCUGGCGUGCCUCUCUAGUGCUGCCCUCGCUCCAGAAGCACAUAUCUGGGGAGUAGCAGGAACCCUGUUGGCCAUGAACUGCUUGGCUUCUGUCCAGGAUAUUGCCGUGGACGGGGUCGCGGUGGCGCUGUUGAAAGGUCGCGGGGAGCUGGGCCUGGGCAACACAGCCCAAGUCGUGGGCUAUAAAGCCGGAUCUGUGUUUGCCGGAGGUGGGCUGCUGGCUGUGAUCGACGUGGCUGGAUGGAGCUGGAUGUUCAUGCUGCUGACGUUCGUGUACGCGGGCGUGGCACUGUUUGUGUUGGGGGCCCCUGUACUGGAUGAUGAGAAUUUGAGGGGCCAACAGGCAGAUGGCGGCAGGAGAGGUGGGCAGGGAGCAGAGGCCAUGAGGCCGUGGAGAGUGUGGAGGAAGAUGCUGGCAGUGCCGGGCACCCCUUGGACAGUCCUGUAUGUGCUGACAUACAAACUAGGUGAGCAGGGUGCAGUGACGAUGUUUCCCCUUUUCCUGUUGGAUCAUCACAUGACCGCCAGGGAGCUCGGCUUCUGGAAUGGCGUCAUCGCCAUGGGUUUCUCCAUCUGCGGGUCGUCUUUGGGAGGCGUGCUGCUCGCUCAGUUCAGCAUCGGGGCUCUGAUGCGACGCGUGUUUGUGCUGCGGACCGUCAGCAUGGUCUUCCAGAGCUCUCUGCUCACUGUGCUGGAACCAUCGGCCCUCAUGAAAGGUAUGGCCGUCCUGAGUAUGAGCGUUCAACACUUUUUGGGAGGCCUCAUCACCACGCUCACCUUCACUACCAUGAUGCAUUGCACUCAGAGGGCGGAGGAAAGCAUUCAGGUGAUUUCCUUUGAUUGUCGGGGGCGGCCGGAGAGGGAAAUCCUCAGAAUACAGCGCCAGACCUACUGUGGCCUGUCACUUCUCAUCAGCUGUUUCCACCUGGAUCCAGUUUCUAUUAACUGCUUCUUUCCGACGCCCCCCCUUCCCUUUCUGCCCAUCCUAUCAGCUCACUCUAUUUUUGUCACUCUGGGGUCCUUUAACGCUCUUCCACUUAUUCCUCUCCUCUGCCGUUUUUUUUCCUCUUUAACAUAACUCCUUUUGUCCCCGUUGUAACUGGGCCAUCGUUGCCUAGAGGUGAUCGCUACUCGCACAGCCCCUCGCUCGUCAUUCACUAUCUUUGAAGGUGACAAAAUAUCAUUUAAAUAGCUGUCACUCUUAAAGUGGAGAAGAAAGGGGAAAACAAAUCACAGGCCGGCACAGAUAUCAGGAUCUGGUUACUGAUAAAAAUAAAUGACCAAUCCCAACAUGUGGUGAUGAGAACCACCGAUAAUUUCAGAGGUUCUCAUGACACAUCCACUGUUUGAUUUGAUUGUUUGUGAAUCUGUGUGUGUGUAUGUGUGUGUGGAGAGGAAAGCACUACCUUGGCUGCCCUUGUUGUGCGUAUAGGUGAGUGUUGAUAAAGGUAGUGCUCUCCAAUGACAGAAAGCUGAUAGUGAGAGUGCUUGUUAACGAUCCCCAGGAGAUAGAAACCCAAUCUGUUAAACAAGUUCGUCAGAAAAAAGCCACUCCACUUAGCUGUGCUCACACAGGGUCUCAGAGUUCUCUACCUCGUUGUGCAGACCACAGUAGUCUAAACUCCCCACAAGCUUUUUUCACGUUUGUCGAAUUCAUCCAGAAAAAUGUUCUGUACGGCCCACAAAUUUGGAAGUUACCAAAUUAUUUUUUCUCUACAUAACUUAAUAAAAAUGUUUGUCACAAUUACAACUUCCUAGGUGACGCUUUGAGAUGUCUUAAGUAAACUUAGACUUAUCUUUAAGUAAUAAUACAUCUACAAUUCGUCACAAUAGUAGCUGGAACUUCAAUUAGUCCAUUAUGAAAUGAAUUGCUGUUUCUGUCUCUGUAAUAACUAAUGAAUUGAUUCAUUCUUGCAGCUCUUGUUCUACAAUGAUAAAUGAAAUGGUGCACAGUGAAACAAACGGUGUUAAUGCUGUAACAGAUGCUCGUGGUACAGCUUGUGGAUGCUCACCAGAGAAGGAUCACAAUGCUGUUUACCUGGGCAAUUUUAAACCAGUAAAAUAUUUGAACUAUCUCUUCAGUUUUCUUUUGAUGGCGUAAAGACUUUUGUUAUAAUGAAGAAAAGAGUCCUAGACCUGAAGACUAAAGGAAUCCAGUCGAUGGUCUGGGUGAGUCCUUCUGUUUUCUUUAGCUGCCUGCCUUCCCUAAAUGCCGUGCUGUCGGGCAGAAGGAGGAGGUUUAGGUAAGAUUAGGUAAUCUGUCUCUCUCACUCCCUCCUGCCUCAAGGCUGGGAUCAGAUACUCUUCUUCGUUUGGCCUCCAUCCAUCGUCUCAGGCUCUGAUCUCACGCUUUAUCUUUUUUAAGGUCCUUCUGUAUCUUCCCCUCCACCCUCCCUUCAGUCGCUUCCUUUAGCUUUUUUCUUCUUGAAUAUCACAAUUUUGAUCGAGUCUCGUCUCUGUCUGUUGUUGUUAUUUUUUGUAUUACUGCUUAAAAGCAUUAACUAAUAGGUUGAUAGGAUGAAGUGUCACCUCCUUACUUUCUCAUCCACUACUUGUUUUUACUUACAAUGUCCCUUUUUUCCCCUGAACCCUCUCCUUCCUCCUUCCCCUUUGUGCUUUUCUUCGGCUCACUUCCCUCUCCUUCGCCUCCUCCUCUUACUCUUUCCUCAUCAUUCCUCCCCUCUUUUCCUCUCGUCCUACCUCCCCACUCCACUCCAUCUAUUAGGCGACCCACUACAGCUUCCUGGCCACUCUGGAGGUGCUGGGGAAGCUGACAUUCAGCGCUCUGGCUGGAGGUUUGGUGGAUUGGUUUGGUUUCCAAGUUGCCUACCUCUUCUUCCUCACCCUCUCGGCCGGGACAGCCCUGCACGUGUGGACGGCUACCUUCACCGGUGCUCUCAGGGAGCACCAGCUCAAAGAACAGCCCAAGUGAGAUUGGGAUCAGGCUGAAAGGUCGUGACCCGGGGGCCUCCGCAGGUGCUGAAAAUGUAUUGAAAUACCUUUUAGUUUGACUUCCAGUGUUCAGACACCUCAAAAGUCCUUGUGAUAAAUAUAACUCCCAUGAGAUCAACAAACCCUUUCAGUCAGGAAGAUAUGAAUAUUUGCCAUUUAUGAGGAGAAAUCAGCCAUGCAGUUAAAUACUCUUAUUACAGAAUGUGCCAUUUUUCUUUUUCUUUGCACAAUUGUCAUUAUACUGGCAAAACUGGCCUUAAGUUUUACUUAUUUUGCAUUUGAAAUGUCUGGAAAAGUCUUAACAUUUACAGUAAUGUAAGGUGAUCUUAUUGUAUAAUGAGUUGACUGAGUAGUAUGGGAUCGCUGCAUCCAAUCAGUUUGAUGAAUUGCCAGUGACAUCAUACUGUUCCUAGUUUGCGUUGACAAAUGACAUAAGCAAAUAUUAAAAAUGAAAGCUGUUUUUAUCAUCUGAGCCAUUUUAGUGUUUCAAUAAGCCAGCAAUAAGAGCUGUAUCCAAAAGCAAUAUUGCUACUUUAAGAUGCUCGUUCUAUUAUGUUGUAUGGUGUAUAAAUAUGUCCGUCCAUCUCCUAUUUCUAAAUGAUUGAAUCUCUACUACGUCGUAUCAGCACUGUAUGGUACGAUACACAGGAAGCACAUGUAAAGUAGAGCAUUUACUCAUUGUGUCAUUACACACUGCUACCAAAGCUACAACAGUCAGACAAACUAGUAUUGCAGGUAGUGACACUGUUUCAUUGUUUAAAUCGGUUUACAAAUGAAUAAAAAUGCAAUACAGCUGUUGAA